AUGGCAGCCGCUGAUGGUGGUGGCACAUGUUGGCCUUCUUUUGCCGACCUGGUUGCUGCUGUUCCACAGCCCAUCCCUGAGAUGGUGCUACCGCCCCGUGCCCCUAAGAUGGUAGAUGGUGAGAUAUAUUUCCAGUUUUCCAAAGAGGAAAUAGAACGAUCUGCUGAAUCGUUUAGAUACUCUGUGGUCCUUAAGUUUUUGAAACAACGACCUUCUUUGGACGUUGUCUGUGCAUUCAUUCAUAGCUAUUGGGGACUUUCAGCUUUACCAGUGGUUUCCUCUAUGUUACGUCCUCGAAACAUUUUUGUGCGCAUGCUUAACGAAGCAGAUUUUUCUAAAGCUCUAUCCAGGGAUGUUUGUGAGAUACACGUCAGUUUCUAUCUUGUCUUUCAUUGGUCUCCAGAGUUUAAUGAAGAUGCAGAACCGUCGAGGGUGCCGGUGUGGCUUUCUCUACCGGGUCUCCCUCCUAACUAUUACCGUGAAGCCUUUUUGAAAAUCCUUAUGGCACCUAUUGGGACCUUCAUACUUUGGGAUAAUCCGACUCGAUGUGCUACAAGAACUGAUGGAGCACGAUUGUGUGUGGAAGUGGAUGCAACGAAAGCACUGUUGAAUCACUUCUGGAUAGGGGUGCCGGGUUUACCUGCUAGUCGUAAACAAGAAGUUAUUUAUGAGACUCUUCCUGCAUAUUGCGCUACGUGCAAAAUGCAGGGACAUAACACACGGACAUGCAUAGUUGGAAAACCUGGGAAGACUGGGCAGGUUUGGCGUGGGAAGAAAGAAAAUCCAGAGGCAGUUAAGGCUAUUCCAUAA